CUGUUGCAGCUGCAGAGCAGAGGUCACUAGCAUCGCUUUUAGACUUUGUCGUUGCGUCGUCCCUUUCGUUAUUUUAUCUUAAUUGUUAUCAUCGUGUAGCUGUUGCUACAAUAAUCAUUGUGUUACUAAUUUCAUCAAUGGUCCAACACUAACAGAACUGUACCAGUCUUUUCUCGUAAAUUACAGCUAUAGCCAGGUUUAUUAUGGUGGCAUCGCCGGCAUCGCUAUAUGUGAAUCCUGGAAUCACAGAUGGAACAGGAAUAUAACAAGUGUAACAGUUGAAACCCCAGUCAAAUUAAAUGCGUACUUGUCUUAGGAAGAUUCAUACAUAGAGUCUCCAAGAAAUUAUUCAAACAUGCCAAAAAGUCGGUUAAUAAUGCGCUCGCACACAAAUAAUCGACCGUCGUAUAUGACUUUAAAUUUGGAAUGUACAGAUGAGCCACUCAGUGAAGCUCAGUUAAAAUUGCAACAAGAGUUAAAGGAAAAUUAUGACAAGGUCGCUGCUUCAUUGGAGGAACUGGUUAAAGAUCAUGGAGGUAAAUUGGUAUGCCAAGUAGGCAAUGUCAACGGUUAUCAAUACACAUUGCCUUCAAAUGCUGCACAAGCACUGGUUAAAAAUACUCCACAACCCAUCGUGAAUAUAAAUCAAAAUAAAAAUCAAGCCAUUAAACUGAAUGUAUUAAAUAAUGCAAAUGGACCUCAGGGUAACAUACAAUUGCUUGUGGAUUCACGAAUGGGAGUUAUUCUUGGAUCCGUAGCUCAGGCUUCAGGAUCUACUAUUACAAAUGUUUCAUCGACUUCAGUACUGACGCCAGGGUCAACAUCUACAUCUACAGCUACAACUAUACCUGCAGUCGCACAUUCCCAAACAGAAAAUUAUAAAUAUACCCGUUCCGGACGCAGAACGAAAGUGCUUCAAGUGCAACAAUCUGAUAUAAUAGAGGAACCUGCCUUAGGUACUCGUGCCCAAAGACAGAAAAUAAGCUCAACGCAUGUUGUAACACCAACUACAACUACUCCCCAAGGUGUGACUAAUCUUAGAAUAAAGCCAGCAAAUAAACAGCAGAUCGCACCUUCUGCAUCAUCUUUGUCAAUUGUGAAUACUACUACAGGAACGACAACUCCAACGAUGACCGUUACGGUAACACCAACAGCGGUAAAGUCGAAAAUAACUGUUACAAAACCAACCGAAACCACAAGUAUCGGAGGAAUAUUAAUCGGUAAAACUACAGCUCAUGAGCAGAUCGAAGAAUCGAAGAAGAACCUUCCGGAUGGAAGGGAAAUAACUUUUAACAAAAUGAAUGGAGGAAGAACAUUUCCUUCGUUGGUGGUUGUGGCUAAACCAAAUCUUCGUAUGAAAGACAUCACCCCGCAAAUAGCUCAAAAAGAACGAACAGAGUUAGAUAUGAAAGUUAAGAGCGUACUUAUGUUUCCGGCUACAAAGUUUGCUGAAUGGUUGAUACAACAAGGACUGGUAAAGGCUGAACAACAUUGUGUGCAACACAGUACUCAUCAUCAAAAGAGUAAAUUAAAAUUGGCCAUGUACAGCGAUCAAGGUACAUUCCCAUAUUCGGGAGGAUACGUUUGGAUUUCGAGUUGUUGCCCGGACCGUUUCGUAUCCGUUUUCUCCGGUUCAAUUUUUCAAGGAGCUCCAUACACACCUACCGUUCUACUUAAGAUAAUUUAUCACUGGGCAUGCCAGACGAACAUUCAAAAUGUUAUUUCUUGGGUAAAAAUAUCUAACGUAUAUGUAAAAACUUUUUAUACUCAUUUACGUAGCAUUUGUACUGGCGCACUUUGGGAUAAAAUGAGUAAAAUGGGAGGUAAAAAUUCAGUGAUACAAAUCGGUGUAAUUAGUUUGGGUACAACAUCACAGGAUGGAAACUUACGGCAAGUUAAGGUAAAAGUGCUUGGUGUACUCGAUUAUUCUACACUCGAUCUAAGAUUAAGAGCCUGCGAUCCAACACCAGAUGGUGAUAGAUCGUUCAAAACGCAAUUCAAUAAUAUAUUACAACCGUUGAAAGAAUGGGUACACACUGAUUCAACUAUCAUGACCGAUUUUACCGUUGACAAAACAACUCUUCAAGAAAUGGGUUUUAAAAACGUGACACAAUCAGGAUUAUCUGAGCAAAGUGCCCGUAAUUGUAUGAGUAACUAUCAUAUUAUGGAAUAUUUAAGGAAAAUCGUUCCGAGAAUGUUCCAAAACACUCUUAGUCUACUUAGCAGACAAAUGAUACAACAGUUUUUGGAUGAAUUAGUGUGGAGGGAAAUGUAUGGGGCGACUGCUGCACGAGCAUUUAACAACAUAAUCGCACAUAUCGCGGAGCAAACUAAAAUCGAAUCUAAUGAGGGUCUUCUAGAUCGUCUUGCUAGAGUAGCUGCUGAUCCUUUUCAAAAUUGGUCUUAUUCGAAUCCGCCACCAUUGACAUCGUUAUUCAAGCUUAAUAAAGAAGAUCACCAAUCAGGUCGUGAAAUCUUAGUUCCAGUUAAUAGCGUUAAACAUGUAAAAGAGCCGCCAUCAUUUGUUUAUUCGAUGAAACCUGGUCCGAGGAAAGGACGAAGGAGAAUCAUGACGACAGCACUGACUCCAGAACCCGAAUUGAAGAAGGCAGUGUUGGAUCCGAAAUAUCUAGCAAAAGAAAAAGAUCGAGAGACUAAGAAUGACAAAAUACAGUUACAAGAAUAUUACUAUGCUACUAUGGACGGCGAUAAGACGCUUCUUUUACGAGAGUAUAAGUGCACAUUACAUUUCAAGUGUUUCCUUUGCACUGCUACGAUGCGUUCGAAUACAGAAGUGAUGGAACACACUAUUGGUCACGUACCCGCACGGGUACCUGAACAAUCAAACUCUCCUGUAUGUCGAUAUUGUUGUACAGCGUUCUCGUCUCAGCAUCAAAUGACUACACACGUUACGGAAACACACAGCAGCUUCGGCCACUCUGACAGCGACAUGGUUGUUUGCGCCAUUUGUGAGCAGAAGUUUGGAAACAGCGGCCUUCUCAUUAACCAUUUGUCAUCUAUGCACUGCCCUUCGGAGAUGCCGUAUCAAUGUGAAACGUGCGGUUAUCGUACUUCGAGUCACAAAGAUGCUAUCGAUCAUUAUUACAGUGUUCACGAGAAAGGCGCAGGACUACAAUGCCCUUAUUGCUUGAAAGUAAUAGAUUUUGUAAAGAAAGGUAAACCCAGUGCUACUAACAUUUAUGCUUUUCUAUUGCAUAUGCAAAGACACGUUAUGCGAAUAGAACAAGGGCGAGGAAAUAAAUGUUCGAGGUGUUGUCUUUGGUUUAAUCAGAGAAGUUCGUUGAAGUCUCACCAAAUGGACCUACACGAUACUGUCUCUGGUGCGAAAGUUAUUCCGUAUACUAGUGCUGAGAAUAGAGUAAUGAUUUCAAAGCAUCGACUUCAAAGUAGACGGUUUAAUAUCGACAGUCCCGCUAGCGAAUUACCACGUGAUGAGAAAGUCGCAAGAUGGAUCACUGGCCCAGUGACAGUGAACGUUCCGUUCGAUGAUUUAUCUUGCAAAGAAUGCGAAGAGGAUAUAGAUGAACAAAGCCAUUAUCCAGGUGAACAGAAGUGUAAUUUGUGUCGCUAUGUAACUUGCUGUUGGCGUGCAUUCAGAGAACAUCAACAACAGAUUCAUAACGAGCGACCUAUGACGAGUUUGGUAGUUCCUUCGCCUCUGAUUAAUAUUCCAUUAGAAAGAAAAAUGCAAUGUUCGUGCGGUUAUGCGACAGCGGAUGGUAAUGAAUUAGCUACGCAUUUAAUUAAAUGUAACAAAGUGUCCGCUUAUCUCGUGAAAGAUGCAGCACCGUCCGUAAUGUUGAACAGUUUGGGACUCGUCCCAAGAAAUAAUCCCGAUGAGAUUGAUGUCGAUAAUAUUAAAAGGACUAACUUACAUUAAGAUACGAAGUACAAUUAUUUAAAUGUUAUCAGAUGGACAUCGCAGAUAAUAACUUGAUGCUCAGAAAUUAGUAUGAUUAACCCUUUGCACUCUAUUAACGCCACCGUAGUAAAAGCAUUAUACAGAUAUGUACACAUUACACAUCACAUAGACAUCGCGCCGAACAUUUUGAAACAUUUUGUUCAUAGGUCAUAUCAAAAGGCUGAAAUUGAUGCAAAGGGUUUAUACAACAUUCGAGAAAUCGGUAAUAAUAUAAUUGCAAUGUCAUGUGUUACGAUUUGGAUUGAUGUUUUUAUCAGUAAAAAUAUUGUUUUGUUUUUAGUUAAUCAAAACAGAUACCUGAAGCAGAACUUCUUUUUAACUAAAUUUAAGUGGGUUACUUUCAAAAAUUGUACGUACGUUAUUCAUAUAAUACGUAUUGUUUGCUAUUACAGAAUGCAAGAAUUAUAUGGACUCUUCUAUUCGGUUGUUUUAUCGGUAUCAUUAAUAUGUUUAUAUUGCUGAGUUGUACAUUUAUACGAAAUAAAUCGUUACUGUACAAAAAGAUGUAUCUUACCGGUAUUCAAAGAAUUCUGCGUAUACAUAUGUGCAUGUAUGUACACAAGUAUGCGGUAAUUAAUACUAUGUAAAGAA